UCAGUUCUAUUCGUCGUCGCAGUGCGAUACGGUCGAUAGCGUAAACGGGAACGUUUGCCAUAGUGGUUCCUUUCCUUCGAGAAUACAACGCACCCUCCUCUUCCUCCUUUCCCUCCUCCUGUUCCUUUUCUUUAUUCUCCUCUUUAUUCCCCUCUCCUCAUUCCACGUUGUAGUGUGGAUAGAAUAUACCCAAUACGUAAUACCACCCCCUUAUAUACACUCACAUACAUAUAUAUCCUUUCGGCGCCACCGAGAAAAGGGAACGGAGCCGUUCAGCGUCCAUUUCCUAGCGGGAUGUCGCCGACAAGAGACGUUCCUACGUUCAGAAAGCUCGUGAUCAACAACGCAGAAAUUAUUGUGUCAUUUUCUUCUGAUCGUUCCAAUUUCACCUUAAGAUUCGAUUUAUGGGAAUAGUGGACCUCAAAUGCUUUCUCUCUUGUGAUGUAACCAAUAUUUUCAUCUUAAAAGAAUGUACUAUUUAUCAAUGUAACAAAUCGAAAGAUAAGGCUUAAACUAUGCUACGACCUUGUGAUGAUCGAAGAAUCUUGUAUGACGAAUAUCAAGAACGAAUAUUGUCGUACGGAGACGAAAUAUCGCGCGAAUAACACGUGUUACCUCUUCGUUUCUUCACACGAUAAGCCACUGAAAAAGGUAGAUAUAUGAACGUGGGAUCACGCCCCUCCUCUUAUGACUGGAUAAACAGACAACGAUUCGCUCAUAAUCAUUCGCUUCGGCAAACGGAAACAGCAAUUCUCGAUUUGACUUAUGACAUUGAUAAAACGUAACUAUUUCCUUCUCUUUUCACUUGUGGAAAUAGAAAUCAUUUUAUCGAAGUCAUUUAGAUGAUAAAAAUGAUCGAGAUUCGAGAUUGAAAAUAGCAACAAGUAGGAAGAAAAUCGAGGGUUUGUAAGCUAGGUAUUUUGAUAGUGGCGUUGGUGGUUACGAGUCAACGUGGAAGUUUGUGCAAGUCAGGCGGGAAAGCUUGAAAAUCAAAGGACAUCGUCGUCGUUGUCUUCGUCGUCGUCGUCGUCGUCGUCGUCGUCGUCGUCAUCAUCGUUAUAUUCAUCGUUAAUAUCAUUGUAUGAAAAGAGAACUGGCUAGUGUUUAUCGAUUGGUCUGCGACUUGAAGAGGAUGCUCCCUUCCGAGUUCUACGUCGCAGUCACGUGCCAAGAGGCGGUGCUGAGGUUCGGAACGAGCGCAUAAGGGGUGGCAAGCGUUGGGAAUAGAGAAACGAAGAGGGUGGAAACUGAAAGCCGGCUUUUCCCGGUAUACCGUUGAACCGUUGACGUCGUCGCCGUUCUCGUCGUGGAAAAUCGAUUGGGUGCCGGCGUCAUUGCUGCAACCAUUCUCGACCAAGUACAAUGACCUCCAAACCGGGAAGAUCCUACAGCGUGAGGUCUCCGCGCGUAGGAGGACCCCUCUCGCAAUCAUUAGCGAUGAUUCCACCGACUAUGCAUGGUCAUGAAUUCAACCAACCCUUGUCGAGGGUUGUUAUGGUCCGUAAAACGGAUCAGAGAACCUUCAGUAAGGGUCGGCGAGGUGGGGAACCUCUUUUAGAGACCGUCACCAGGGAAACCGUCGAGUUAUUCAACGGUGGCAGAGCUGAAAGAAAAUACACUUCGGAAACGAGAGACAUCGUUACGCCAAAGUCAAACAGUAUGCCCUCGCUCAGCGUCAGUGGAACGAAAAAGAAGGUGGUCGGCUUUGUCGACCAGCUGUCGCCCGAAAGGUCAAGGACGGAAUCGGUUAGAUCCAAAUCUCCUUUGACUGCAUCGCCAGCAUCGCCAGGACCAUUGUCGAAUUCCUUACACGGCAGUUUUCACGGUAGUUUAGGAAGCGAUGGCAUGUCAUGUAGCAGCGCAAGAUCCUCUUCUGCCUCGCCAGAUUCUGCGAGAUAUUCCUCCUCGCAGAUAACAAAGACUGACACGCGUAAACCGUCUGUGCGUAGAUCAGGGCCUCCCAAGGAAUUCAUCAAUAUGUGCCUGGAGACACACAAUUAUUAUCGAGUGCGACACGGUGUACCACCUUUGCGACUUAGCAAACAAUUGUGCAAGACCAGUCAGGAUUGGGCUAAUAUUCUGGCAGCUAAGGGUAGAUUAGAGCAUAGGGCAAAUAUAGAUUACGGAGAGAAUCUUUAUUGCAUGUGGAGUUCCAAUCCAAAGACCAUCGUUGGUGGUGACGAGCCAGUAAACGAAUGGUAUGCCGAGGAAGCUUUACAUCAGUACGGUAAAGAACCUACUACUUUGAAAACCGGUCAUUUUACACAAGUUGUAUGGAGAGAUAGUACCGAGUUAGGUGUCGGCAUGGCGAGAAACAGAAACGGAGAGGUCUAUGUAGUAUGCAACUACAAUCCAGCUGGUAACUUCUUAGGCAGCUUUACGGAUAACGUCCUUCCAUCUGGUAGUACGAGUCCGAGUAAAAGGAUAUCCUUUUCAAAGAGUCAAUAUACUCUCGACGAACAGGCUUGGCAACAAGAGGCCUUGUUAGUUCACAAUGAAUACAGAAGGAGGCAUCGUGUACCUGACUUAAGGUUAAGUCCUGAGUUAACGGUAGCUGCAAAGGCAUGGGCCAAUACGCUGUUAAACACGAAUAAAUUGAUACCACAAUCAUCCUCACCGUACGGAGAAAACAUAUACUCUAUGCAAUGUUCCGAUCCUAAACUGGUCGUAUCGGCUCGAGAAGUUGUGUCAAAGUGGUAUUCCGAGAAAAAAGAACAUAAAUUUGGUACGGAACCGAAGAUUCUUAAUACCUGUCACUUCACGCAAAUCGUAUGGAAGAAUACCACCGAAAUGGGCAUAGCUAUGGCAAAAAGAGAUGGAACGUGCGUCGUGGUCGCAUGUUAUCAUCCAAGGGGUAAUAUUGUUGGACAGUUCACGGAGAACGUUCCUAAAUCUGUAAAGAACGUCUAGUCCGCGCGCGCGCAUCGCCGGAUCAACACUCUUGUCGAUAAUGUAUUUAAAGGCUGUAUUUAUACAUCGUGCAUAGAGACGACAAUACGCAUAAUUAUGUAUAUAACACACGUGUGUGCAUAUACGUAGAAUAAACAUUCCACGUACACUAUUA